CCUCUCUCCUUCCAUCACUCUAUACCUCUCUUCCCAUCCCUCUCUCGGGACAUAUUCUAUCUACCUUCACUUCAAUAUCUAUCUAUCUCUCUGCCCCUUCCUCUCUCCCUCCCCUCACUCUAUCCCUCCGUCUUCCGAUGCUCCCUCUCUCUAACUUUCUCCAUCUGUUUGUCUAUCUCUCUCUCUCCCCAGUCAUCCCCUCUCCCCCGCGCUCCCUCCCCCACUGUAUCCACUUGUCAGUUACACUGUUGCCAGUUUCAUGUGUCUUUCCCCGGCUGCGGCGCCCGGACCCCCGAGUGUUGCAGCCCGUCCCCACCAAAUAUUAUAGAGCUCCUCUUGUAUCUUUGGUCCCCACCGUCUCCCCCCUCUCUCUCUCUCUAACAACCAAAGAUCCUAUAGCGGAGCGGACAACCCUCAAACACCAACCACUCCUCCUGGGUCUAACCCAGCCCCUGCAGUCGAGGGCGGAUCGGUGAAUCGAUGCAUCGUGUGUGUGAGAGUGAAUGAGAUAUUAGUCUGGUCUGGUCUGGCUUGUCUCAAAGCAGCAAUGGCGACCUCACUCUGCCCUGGUCUGGCUGUUCUGCGGAAUCUUCUGACCCACGUACAUUCAAGGUUGCCGGCCUCCUGUAGUCUCGUUCCUCGGGCAGACCUGCACUGCAGCCUCGCGCUGUCUGCUAAAACCUGGGAGCGGAAGAACAGGAUAGUCUACCCUCCACAGCUGCCGCAUGAAGCUCGCAGGCCAGUGGAGGUGUUUCACUGCAGGAGGCAGAUCAAAUAUAGCAAGGACAAGAUGUGGUAUCUGGCCAAAAUGAUCAGAGGGAUGACCUUUGACCAGGCCGUUGCUCAGCUACAGUUCAAUGACAAAAAGGGAGCAAAGGUCAUGAUGGAGGUCCUUCUGGAAGCCCAGGAUUUGGCGGUGAGGAACCACAACCUGGAGUACAGGUCCAACCUGUACGUGGCGGAGUCGUUCUCCAGUAAGGGCCAGUACCUGAAGCGUCUGCGUUACCAUGGCAGGGGCAUGUUCGGCAUCAUGGACCGCGUGUACUGCCACUACUUUGUGCGGCUGGUGGAGGGGAGCCCCCCGGCCGUUGCCGAGACCACUCCCCUGGACCUGGCCAGGGACUACGUGCAGAAACUCCGCAACAGGACCAUCAUCCACGCCCUGUGACCGGCCCCCGUGGCCAAUACUGACUUGGGGGAGGGGAGGGCCAGAUGUAUCUUGGUUCACAUGACAAUAACAAUAAACUUGUAACUAUGUCCAUCCU